GAUCCCAUUAACUACUUAUAGUAGAAAUGGGAACCAAUAUGAAGAUGUCUUCUAUAACAACACUUUUAAUCACUCUUGCGGUGGUUAUAGUUUCUUUAAGCUUGCCGUCGCCGACCACCGCCACCUACCACUACUCAUCCCCACCACCUCCUCCACCUAAGAAAUCUCCACCACCACCAUCUAAGCAACAUUAUGUUUACAAGUCACCACCACCACCUCCACCGGUUUACAAGUCACCACCACCCCCGGUUCACAAGUCACCCCCUCCACCUGUUCACAAGUCAUCACCUCCACCGGUUCACAAGUCACCACCACCACCAAAGAAACCCUAUGUUUACAAAUCACCACCUCCACCACCCCCUGUCCACAAGUCACCACCACCCCCGGUUUACAAAUCACCACCACCUCCGGUCUACAAAUCACCACCUCCCCCGGUUUACAAAUCUCCACCUCCCCCGGUUUUCAAAUCUCCACCACCACCGGUUCACAAGUCACCACCACCUCCGGUCUACAAAUCACCACCACCACCUAAAAAGCCUUAUGUAUACAAAUCCCCUCCACCACCCCCUGUGCACAAGUCACCACCACCCCCGGUUUACAAAUCCCCACCACCACCGGUUCACAAGUCACCACCACCUCCGGUCUACAAAUCACCACCACCACCGGUUCACAAGUCACCGCCACCCCCAGUUUACAAAUCACCACCUCCACCUAAGAAGCCUUAUGUAUACAAAUCCCCUCCACCACCUCCAGUGAAAAAGCACCCACCCCCACAUUACAUUUACAGCUCACCACCUCCUCCUUACCACCACUAAUUAAGGGGUGCUUGCUUUGUUUAAGUUCUUUUCAUUCUUGCAUGAAUAAAGAUAUCAAAGAUUUGAGAUUUUACUUCGGACGUUCCUAGAGAUGAAGAAAAAACAUGGAGGACAACUAAUGGUUCAAAGUUGUAUAGAAGGGCUUUUAUUUUCAUGUUUUCAAAAAUAGUUUUCUAUCAUAUUGUGUUUGAUAAUAAAGAAAGAAUUAAAUUGCAAACCGUGUUGUACAUCA